AUGGAAGGAAAAACAGUGAAACAAAAAAUUGAAAAAGAUGAGCAUGGAAACCAAAUUCUUCAAAAUGGAUUUCAUAGUACCCAUUUUGUGGAUGAAAACAUCAAUGGAGACAUUUGUGUCUCUGAUGUUAAUGCUUAUAUGGUGGUUGUGGUAGGCAAAACAGGAAAAGUUCGAUUCAGGUACUAUGGUACAUCGGCAGGAAUGGUAAAUCCAUUUCAACCUAAACAAAUCGUUACAGACUCCAUGGGUCAGAUCAUUGUGGCAGAUAAUAACAAUGCCUGUCUGCACAUACUACAUCAAAAUGGACAGUUCUUGAGAUGUGUGGACAAUUGUGGAUUAGAGAAACCUUGUGGACUGAGUGUGGACAGUGAGGGGAGGUUAUGGGUAGGAUGUCCUCAGUCAGGAAAUGUGAAAGUGAUCCAGUACAUGAAAUAA